AGUCAAGUCUAAUAUGGGCUUGACCUAAACCCUGUUACCCAAUCUAGGGUUUGGCUUCUUCUUCGUUCGUGUUGUCUGAACGUAGUUUCAAGUUCCUUGCAAUUUCACAGUAAGCGCGAAACAAACCAAAAUCAAAGAAAUGGCGUGGCGAAGCGGAUCUCUCUCGAGGUCUAUUUUCUCCGCCGCGAGAACAAUUCCGACUCGUUCCUCUCUUCAAAAUUCUUCUGCGUCUUCAAUUCGUUCUCAUCUUCUCCACCCUCGUCGCCCCCAUGCCACUCUCCCGAGGAGCUUGGGAAUUCUCGGUUGCACGCAGUCGUUGAUGCCGCUGUAUAACGCAGACGCCGCCGCUCGUCUCACUUCUCACAUUUCUGUUGAUUUUCGUGCUUGCUGCGAAUUGUCUCAGGGUACUUGAAUUGAUUUGACAAUUAGCACUAGUUGCGCCUACAUGUAUGGUUGGAUCUAAAAGGAUGGCUAAUGCUGUGAAGCACAAAGCUUGUUGGUUCAUAUCUUUUACUUGAUUAAUCCCUUUUAUCAUUUUAGUUAAAAUUAAAUAAGUAUAUCUAUCUAUUCUUCUAUAAAGAUUUAGGAAACUUUUCAAGCUAAUUGAAGGAUAUUGUAAUACUUUGCUAUGCUGUGUAUCAUCAGACAAUAAUAACAUUGUUCAGAGACCAAGGUUAAAUUGAAAUUUAUUGAAUGUAUAGAUAGAUAUUUAUAGUC